AUGGACCUACCUCCGAGCGAAUUCUCUUCGUUGCUCCCGAAGCUGCAUCCAGACGAUGUAGACGUUCCAGAAUGGCGAGCAUGGCUUUCCGAGUCCUGGAUCCAAAUCAAGGCGUCCAUUCCUGUUAUACUCGCCUACAUGUUGCAGAACAGUCUGCAGACGAUAUCGGUCUUGAUUGUUGGGCGGCUGUCUCCGGAAGCUCUAGCGACGGCUGCUUUCUCUUACAUGUUUGCAAUGGCAACCGGGUGGCUCGUCGCGCUUGGAGGUACUACAGCGCUGGAUACUCUCGCCUCGAGUAGCUACACAGGCUCCAAAGACAAGCACGAUCUGGGAGUGCUGCUCCAGAGAGGCUUGUUUGUCCUGUCCAUAUUCUACGCUAUUAUCGCCAUAGUCUGGAUAGUCUCUGAGCAUCUCUUCCGAGCUCUGGGACAGGAAGAAUACAUUUGUAUCCAAAGUGCGAAGUUCUUGCAGCUCUUGAUUCCGGGAGGGCUGGGAUAUGUAUGGUUUGAGGCAAUGAAAAAGUACAUGCAGGCACAAGAGCUUCACCGACCUGGAACCUAUAUCCUUUUGAUAACCUCGCCGCUCAACGCGCUGCUGAACUAUUUGUUCAUCUAUACCUUCGACUUUGGACUAUAUGGUGCGCCUAUUGCUACCGGCAUCGCUUACUGGGCCUCGUUCCUACUCCUCGUCGCAUACGCCGCCUUCGUACAGGGACACGAGUGUUGGGGAGGUCUUGCGCCGCGUCGCGCACUGCAACAGCUCUGGCCGUUUACCAGGCUUGCGCUUCUCGGCUUCAUACAUGUCGGUACGGAAUGGUGGGCAUUCGAGAUUGUGGCUCUGGUGGCUGGUCGUCUAGGCACGCUGUCUCUGGCAGCACAGUCAGUGAUCAUGACGGCCGACCAAGUCAUGAAUACUAUUCCUUUCGGACUUGGUGUGGCUGCUAGUGGCCGAGUAGGAAAUCUCUUGGGAGCACGAAAGGCUACUGGCGCACGGCGAGCAUCACUAUGUGCGGCAACGCUGUCUGUGCUAUUUGGAACUCUUAUCCUCGCGGCUCUCAUGGGCACAAAGAACGUUUUCGGACGGAUCUUCAAUGACGACGACGAUGUGGUCGCGCUUGUCAGCAAAGUCAUGCCGUUUGUCGCUCUGUUUCAGAUUGCCGACGGAUUGAACGGUUCUUGUGGUGGGGCACUCAGAGGCAUGGGAAAGCAGUGGGUUGGCGCUUUAGUCAAUGUUAUCGCGUACUAUUGCGCUGGUCUCCCAGCGGGCAUCUACCUCGCUUUCCAUGGUUGGGGACUCGCCGGAUUAUGGAUAGGGAAUUGUGCUGGGCUAUACAUUGUCGGUACGUUAGAGCUGGUGAUCAUCAUGUUGAGUCGAUGGGACAAAGAGGUGGAGAACGCACUGGGGCGAAUUCAUCAGGAACCUUUGGAUGACUAG